AUGGAUUCCGGCAACCGCAACACUGUGCCUAUCAUCAACCUGAGGAAUCAAGAAAAGGAAAUGGGGAGCACUUCAUGUCGAUCCGGCGAAACACCUCAACCCGUGGAAGAAGUUUUUGAAGAAGAAAUUGCAACAUAUCCUAUGUACGGCAAGUUUAUUUGGAGGCAUGAAAAUGUCUCUAGAUUGAGCUCUAAAGUGGUGCACUCUCGUGUGUACGUACUAGGUGAUUCUAAAUGGCGGAUCUUUCUUCAACGAAUGGGGCAAGGUGAUAAUGAUGUAUCAUUGUAUAUAAAAGUUGCCAAUGCUGCUUCUUUACCAUUUGGUUGGACCAUCUACGUGGAAUACAAAUUAACUAUUAUUAAUCAAUUCACAACAAAUUUGAAUUUCCAAAAAGCAUCAUGCCAUCACUUUAAUGCCAAAGACAAUCACCAUGGGUUUUCAUGUUUUAUGCCGCUUGAAGUAUUUCGCGGUGCAUACUUUGGAUACACAAUUGGUGAUGCAUGCUCUAUUGAGGUGGAGAUAAUAAGCUACGGAGUGACAAAACCUUGGCCAAACUCUCAAAAGAAGGAAAUUGAGUUUGUGGGAUUAAAGAACCAAGGAGCAACAUGCUAUUUGAACUCCCUCUUGCAAACAUUGUAUUAUAUUUCAUAUUUUCGAAAGGUGGUAUAUCAAAUGCCUACCAAUCAUAACGAUGAGCCAAAGGAAAAUAUUCCCCUAGCUCUCCAGAGAUUAUUUUAUAAUCUUCAACAUAGUGAGAGUAGCGUUGCAACAAAUGAGCUGACAAGAUCCUUUGGUUGGGAUCAAUCCGAUGCUUUUGUACAACAUGAUGUGCAAGAAAUGAAUCGUCUGCUAUGUGAAGCACUUGAAGAAUCUAUGAAGGGAACGGCGAUGGAUGGUGCUUUAAGACAAUUAUUUGAAGGACACCAUAAGUACUACAUUGAAUGCAUCAAUGUUGACUAUACAUCAAGUAGAACGGAGUCAUUUUAUGAUCUCCAACUUGAUGUGAAGGGUUGUCGUGAUGUUUAUGCUUCACUUGAUAAGUUUAUUGAAGUUGAACAUCUAGACAACGACAACAAAUAUCAUGCUGGUCACUUUGGUUUGCAGGAUGCUCGGAAAGGAAUCUUAUUUAUGGACUUCCCGCCUGUGCUUCAAUUGCACUUGAAGAGAUUUGAGUAUGACAUUGAACAAGGGAUUUUUGUCAAGAUAAAUGACCGCUAUGAGUUUCCCAUUCAACUGGAUUUGGACAAAGAUAAUGGGAAGUAUUUGUCACCCGAGGCUGAUAAAACGAAACGCAACCUUUAUACUCUUCAAAGUGUUUUGGUCCAUUCUGGUGGCAUUGAUGGGGGGCACUAUUACGUUUAUAUAAGACCAGACCUAUCCAGCAAUCACUGGUAUAAAUUUGAUGAUGAGAAAGUGUCUAGACAAGAUGUUGACACAACCAUAGAAGGGCUUUACGGCGGUGAACAAGAUGUCAUGCCCUCAUAUUUUGGAAUGAGUAUGAAGAACUCAAAUGCGUAUAUGCUAGUGUAUAUACGCGAGAGUGACAAGGAAAAUAUACUCUGUGCCGCUGAUGAGAAUGAUAUUGCCAUGCCUCUUAGGGAGAGGUUGAGGAGAGAAAUUAAAGGGAUGAAAGAAAUUGCUGAGACUGAUGCCCACACUGUUGUAAAGGUGGCAACUGAUGAAGAUAUUUCAAACCAAAUUGGAAGCGAGACAUAUUUUGAUUUAGUCAAUUUUGACAAUGUUAGAGGCUUCCAUGUAUGGAGAUUUAUGCCACUCAACAUCUUCAAGGAUGUCGUGGCAAAAGACUUUGGUUUUCCAUCCCAAUACCUCCGUUAUUGGAUAUGUGCUGAGCGCAAUAAUGGUUCUUGUCGCCCUCUCCGAGCAUUGACAUCUCAUGACUCAUCGCAAAGUGUAGGGGAUUUACAUGAUUUAUAUGGUAUUCAUGGUCCCUUAAAGUUAUUCUUAGAGUUGGAGAUUGGACCGGAUUCAUGCCUUGUGCCUCCGCCAUCUAUUACAACCGAUGAUAUUCUGUUGUUCUUCAAAAUUUAUGAUCCCGAGUAUGAAAAGCUAAGAUAUGCGGGAAGACUUUUUGUAAACCACUUCACUAAGCCGACGCAUAUCUUGACCAAAUUAAAUGAACUUGCUGGCCUUGAUGCACACCAAAGUAUUGAACUUUAUGAGGAAAUAAGUCAGGAGCCUCACCUUAUGUGCGAGCCCAUCGACAAGGAUUUGUCAUUUAUGUCUGGCGAGAUUGGAAAUGGAGAUAUUGUGUGCUUCCAGAAGUCCAUUUCUCCUGAAAUCAUGGAAUUGCUAUCCUUGCCGGAUAUUCCUACAUUUUUAAAAUAUCAACAUAUUAUCCAAUACGAUAAUGGGGAAAAAUGAGGUCAUGAAAAAUGGAAGGAUGAAUGUUUUUAUCUGAGCAACACAAUGAGAAGAUUAUCAUUUAUAUCUAUUCAA